AUGCGGGGUCUAGGCAAUUUGCUGAAGAAGAAGAAGAAGCGGACGAAGGACUCGCGCAUCUCGAGGGACCUGGAUCUGUCCGCUUCACCGGUAGCGGAGUCAACCUCGUCGUCUCCUGGCGAUAAUAAUAAUAAUAUUAUUAUUAAUAUUAGUAGCCCUCUCUCCCAGACGACAGCAGCUACAGCUACCGCACCAGCUACCGUAACAGAAGCAUCAACAACGAACACCCUGCUCCAGCACCCUGCGUUUACCUCACCCGCCCGCGAUUCCUCUUGCAAAGACCCCGCUUCCUCCCCCGGCACCAAUAAGAUCAGUAGCAGUAGUAAUCCUCCUGCCUCCGUUUUUCGUACAGCUAUUCCUACCUCGACUGAACCAGAGGGAGUCGCCUCCUCUCCUCCCACAGGCUCCACAACAGCUGGCGCAAUUACGAAAAUUGACAGCACACAUUCUGCACCCAUGAACCCCCUACAAUCUUCCGGCCCCCCUUCCUCGAAUAUAGCGGGCGAUCCCUCUCAUUUCAAACAGCACCAGCAACAGCAACAGCAACCACAGCAGCAAUCCCACCACUCCCAAAAUGUCGCCAGUAUUAAAAACAUUAUAAAUCCACCCCUCAACGAUGAAGUUGCGGCCUCCUCACAACGAGUUGGCGAUGGCCUACAUGCCGCACAACAAAUGCAUUCACAGCAUUCACAGCAACAACAACAACAACAGCAACAACAGCAGCAGCAGCAGCAACAGCAGCAACAGCAGCAACAACAAAUUCAACAAUCUGUCCCGUCAGUUUCGCGGCAGACAAAGGGCAAAUACUCGCUAGAUGACUUUACGUUGCAACGGACGUUGGGGACGGGCAGUUUCGGGCGAGUACACCUGGUUCAAUCACGACAUAACCAGCGCUUCUAUGCCAUCAAGGUGCUGAAGAAAGCGCAAGUGGUGAAGAUGAAGCAGGUCGAGCAUACGAAUGAUGAACGAAAAAUGCUGCAGCGGGUUAAGCAUCCAUUCCUAAUUACGUUGUGGGGCACGUUCCAGGAUGUGAAGAAUCUUUAUAUGGUUAUGGAUUUUGUGGAGGGUGGGGAGCUGUUUAGUUUACUGAGGAAAUCGCAGCGCUUCCCAAAUCCUGUUGCGAAAUUCUACGCUGCGGAGGUUACGUUGGCGUUGGAAUAUCUACAUGACCAUCACAUUGUAUACAGAGACCUAAAGCCAGAGAAUCUACUUUUAGAUCGAUAUGGACAUUUGAAGAUUACAGAUUUUGGAUUCGCGAAGGAAGUCAAGGAUAUUACAUGGACUUUAUGCGGGACACCAGAUUAUCUGGCGCCGGAGGUAGUUUCGUCAAAGGGAUACAAUAUGUCCGUUGACUGGUGGUCCCUCGGCAUCCUAAUCUUCGAAAUGCUCUGCGGCUUCACCCCCUUCUGGGACGGCGGCAGCCCCAUGAAAAUCUACGAAAACAUCAUAAAAUGCCGAGUCAAGUACCCGUCCUACAUGCACCCGGACGCCCAAGAUCUACUCUCCCAACUCAUCACUCCCGAUCUCACAGUUCGCCUGGGAAACUUGCACGGCGGCAGUCAGGAUGUUAAGAAUCAUCCGUGGUUUGCGGAGGUGACGUGGGAUCGGCUAGCGCGGAAGGAUAUUGAUGCGCCGUAUAUUCCGCCGGUGAAGGGAGGGCAGGGGGAUGCAAGCCAGUUUGAUAGGUAUCCCGAGGAGACGGAGCCGUAUGGGGGCAGUGGGGAUGAUCCGUAUGGAAAUUAUUUCGUGGACUUUUGA